AUGGUCAAUAUCGCCUCAAAAGUUUACAACUGGCUAGCCCCCUCCGCCAACAAGGGUGAAGAUGGCCGCGAUGUCUGGGGCUCGCGCCUCUCAUUCAUCUUCGCCGCGAUGGGCGGCGCAGUAGGCCUCGGAAACCUCUUGCGCUUUCCUUCCAUCGUAUACAACAAUCACGGCCUGCAAUUCUUUAUCCCGUACCUCAUCUCCUUAUUCUGCCUCGCCAUACCGACGCUACUUUUGGAGAUCUCAAUCGGCCAGGCCUACCGCGGCGGCUGCGUGCUAGCCUGGCAUCAUGCCCAUCAACGCGCGAAGGGUGUCGGCUUCGGAGUCGUCUACAUCGGCUACGCUAUCUGCAUCUACUACGUUCCCAUCAUCGCGUGGAUCAUGUCGUAUUUCCGACACUCUUUCAUCAGCCCGCUCCCAUGGAUGGGGCGCAACGAAGAUUUCUUCUACAACGACGUCCUUCAGGAUGUGCCUCCAAUCGCAGGCAACGUCACGGCUGACGGCUCUCGCGUCCAGGAUUAUUCUGACUAUGCUGGUAUGGGCAUGAAUACGGAAAUCACCCUCUGGAACCUGUUCACCUGGUUCGUCGUCUGGCUUUGCAUGUUCAAGGGCAUCGGACUCACCGGGCGCGUCGUGUACUUCACCAUGGCGAUGCCCAUCAUCCUCAUGAUCGUCCUCAUCGGCCGCGGCUGCUCGCUGCCCAACGCCAUCGACGGCAUCCGCAUCUACUGGACCGAAUGGCACGGCAGCAAACUCGCCUCGGGGACCAUCUGGCAGGAAGCCUGCGGCCAGGUCUUCUUCUCGACUGGGAUCGGCAUGGGCUACUACACGAGCUACGCCUCUUACAACCACAAGUACUCCAACGCCGUGCAGGACGCCUUGAUCAUCUGCAUCUCCAACUCCCUCAUCGAAGUCAUCGGCUCCAUGUCCGUCUUCGGCGUCGUCGGAUACCUCGGCAUGCACCCGGACACCAGCGAGAGACUCAACACCUUCGUCGUGGGCUUCCUCACCUACCCGGAGGCCAUCGCCGAGAUGCCCGGCGCGAACUUCUGGGGCGUCCUAUUCUUCGCGACGCUCUUCAUCCUCGGCCUCGGUUCGGCCUUUGCCCUCCUCGAGACCCUCGUCACGAUGGUGUGUGACACGGAUUGGGGGAAGAAGUAUCCCCGGCCGUACGUCUCGACUAUCAUCGUCGUUGCCUCGUUCCUCAUUUCUCUCCCAUUCUGUACCGAGUUUGGAUACUCCCUCGUCGAUGCCGCGGAUACGUGGAUCAACUACCUAGCCCUCUUCUGGAUCGUGUGGUGCGAGGCCGUCUGUGCCACCACACUGUACCGAUACCGAGAUGUCGUGGAUCAAUGCGGUCUUGCAUCGUGGUGCCUCUACAAUAUCUUCGGAUACAUCGGCGGCACAGUCGUCGGUCUCAUAGUCGCGCACGCUGUCUCUCCUGACACAGGAGCCGGCGUGGGAUUCGGGAUGUUCAUUGUCGGCAUAAUCGCAUCUGUUAUGAUGGGUUCAGACCCGACGGCGUAUUGUCCCAGAUUCUUCAGCAAAAGCCCUUGCCUUCGCAAGUUAUGGUACUUGUCAUCCUACUCGGGAAAUCAACUCCGUCGAGACCUCAACGCUACCAUCUCCACCGGCGGCCAAUGGAAGAUCCCCGCCAUCUGGGCCUUCGUUCUGAAAUACAACACGGCACCAAUCGUCUCCAUAAUCUUCUCGUUUGCUUACCCGAACUUUUACGCCACGAAGAGGUGGGACCCGCUUCACAUUGCUGGAUUCACAUUCAUGCAUGUGGUGCUUGUCGCCUCGUUGGUAGGCCUUGUGAUGCCUCGUUGGUUCAACGUGCUUGUUCCUACGUCCAAGAGGACUCAAGGGAACUACCCGAUUAUGCCGGGAGUAAUAUUCUCUCGAGCCAACGCUACCGGAUCGCUGGAUAUCGAUGGCGUGACACCAGGCCCUGGGGGAUCCGGAUCCGAUGAGCAGGAGCAUAGAGGCGAACGAAUGUGGCAUGACGAAGCAAGCCAGGAAAAGGUGGCUGUGAAGCGGCAGCGCGCUGGAACAUCUAUGUCGUAA